AUGGGGAAAACUCCCAGCUCGAGUACUCACGAUCUGGGACCAACGAUGUCUGACGAUGAGGUGAAAGAGAAGUAUCGAGUUGAACGUCUGAAACGACUGCGACCUGAUGGCAUCAACCAAUUCGAAGAUUUUCAUCCAGACGAAGGACAGCUGGGCGGCAGUAAGCCCUCUCCAGGAAAUGAUCCAAUCUGGUACAUGACCAAAUGGCGGGUGCUCAUCGUCCGCGCCGGCUUUGGAGGACUCUUGUUUGCUGUCCGUCUGAUUCAAAAGGGAUUCUGCACUGCAGAAGAGAUCAAGAUUGUGGAUGAAGGCAUAGACUUCGGCGGUGCUUGGCACUGGAACAAGUUCCCAGGUUUGAAGUGUGACAUUGAGAGCUACAUAUACCUGCCGCUGCUCGAGGAAACAGGAUACAUGCCUAGUGGGAAAUACGUCGGUGGCAUCGAAAUCCAGGAGCACGCUGUUCGAAUUGCCAAGAAGUGGAACCUUGCUCGACAGACUUCCUUCGGGACCAGUGUUACUGAUCUGGUAGAUUUUGUCUACCUCGCAACUGAAUUGUUGCAUACACCCAAUGUACCGGAUCUGGAGGGCAUGGAUCAAUUCAACGGAAAGAUGGUUCAUAGCGCGCGCUGGGAUUACAUAUUCACCGGUGGAUAUCGAGCGAAACCAGAGAUGAUCAAACUGAAGGACAAGCGGGUCGGAAUUGUCGGCACUGGAGCAACUGCUGUUCAGCUUAUUCCCGAGUUAACAAAAUGGGCCAAGGAAGCUGUUGUCUUUCAAUACACUGCCGCCUCUGUGUUCCCGCGCGACAACGAAAUUACUCAUGCAGAAAGUGAGUGCAUGGGCUCAGGAUGGCAGCGCGAACGCGCCGAGAACUUCAACGCAUUCCUCUCCAACGAUAACUCUCUUCCAGAAAUGAACCUGGUCAACGACGAAUGGUCCAAGAUGCAGUCAUACAGCGCUUUGAUUGGUAGUCCGUCUAACCUUGAGCCUGAAUAUCUGGAGGAAACAAUCCAAAAGGACAUUGAGCACCAGAAAAGAAUUCGUGACCGAGUCUCGCAUAUCGUCCACGACCCAGAGACGGCCGCAUAG